AUGUUUCCAGGUAUGAGCCGUCAGGAUUUCCGGCGAUACGGCAAGGAGGCGGUGGAUUACAUAGCUGAUUAUAUGAAAACUAUUCAGAAAAGACGUGUGGUACCAGCAAUCGAACCGGGUUAUCUGAAAAAUUUGAUACCAUCGGAAGCUCCGUCACGAGGAGAGCCGUGGGAAAAGGUGAUGGAUGACUUUGAAAAGUUUAUCAUGCCUGGUCCGGUAACUCUUAUCCAUCCAAUCCUUGCCAAUAUGAUCGGAGACGCACUGGGUUGCGUUGGAUUCAGUUGGGCCUCCUGCCCUGCAAUGACCGAACUGGAAUUGAUAAUGUUGCACUGGUUUGGCAAGAUGAUCGGCCUGCCGAAGGAGUUCCUGCCGCUCACAGAAGGAGGGAAAGGAGGCGGUGUCAUCCAGGGUUCUGCUUCUGAAUGCAAUUUUGUCUCAUUAUUAGCCGCCCGAUUCGAGGUCAUGAAAGAACUCCGCCAACGAUUUCCUUUUGUAGAGGAAGGACUCCUGCUGUCCAAGUUGAUUGCCUACUGCUCUAAAGAGGCUCAUUCUUCUGUGGAGAAGGCCUGCAUGAUUGGUAUGGUGAAGCUGCGAAUUUUGGAAACUGAUUCCAAGUUUCGAUUGCGAGGAGACGAGGAUCGUAACUUGGGCCUAAUCCCGUUCUUCGUCUCCACUACACUAGGCACCACUUCGUGCUGCUCCUUCGAUAUGUUGAGUGAAAUUGGCCCAGUUUGUCAGGAGAACGAUCUAUGGCUUCAUGUAGAUGCCGCCUAUGCCGGUUCAGCGAUGAUCUGUCCAGAGUUUCGUCAUCUAAUGAAUGGCAUAGAAUACGCCAUGUCCUUUAAUACAAAUCCCAAUAAAUGGAUGCUGGUCAACUUUGACUGCAGUACAAUGUGGGUCAGAGAUCGUUUCAAACUCACGCAAGCUUUGGUAGUGGACCCCCUAUAUUUACAGCACAGUUGGAUGGAUAAAUCAAUCGACUAUCGCCAUUGGGGAAUCCCGCUGAGUAGACGGUUUCGAUCGCUCAAGUUAUGGUUUGUGAUCCGUACGUACGGCGUUGAAGGCCUGCAGAACUAUAUACGGGAGCAUGUACGUCUGGCAAAACGAAUGGAACUGUUGUUGCGAUCUGAUCCAGUUUUUGAGAUUGUUGGCGAAGUGAUUAUGGGUUUAGUAUGCUUCAGAAUGAGGGGGAGCGAUGAACGCAACCAACAGCUGCUCACACGACUCAAUAGUUCGGGAAGGAUACAUAUGGUGCCAGCUUCCCUAAAUGAUCGAUUCGUCAUCCGAUUCUGCGUUUGCGCUGAGAACGCCUCUGAGAAUGAUAUCGACACUGCUUACAGUAUAAUUAGCCAGACCGCACAGCACAUCCUACAUGAGGGAACCGCCCUUCCAAUCGUAGAGGAUAAAGAGGCUGAACAGCUGGAGGAAAUGGGUAUUGAUGCUGACGCCUCUAGUCGAAUCGAAGCGGAUGUGGCUAGGGAUUCUCAGCUAUCGAAGGAGGAGAUGAUCGCUCAGAAACGGAACGAAACUCUUGCGAAAAGGCGAUCUUUCCUCGUGCGAAUGGUAUCGGAUCCUAAGUGCUACAACCCGAAAAUCGUUCGCCAUCUGAAUAUGGCCAAUCAUCGGAAAAUGAGCCAAGAUGUCUAUCGCGAUCGAACCCUCAUGCAGACCAUUUCCCAUAGUCAACGUCCGGGUCUCCUUUCUCAUUCACCGGGUUCUGGUGGAAGUGGUUCGAUGUCGACAAACUUCAACUACGAUGAUGAUUGCGAAAAUAUGACCGUCGCUCUCUCUCAGACUGGUCUACAAACGCCGCUCUAA